CACAUAGAAUUUGGCAUUGCUAAUGAAACAUGAGGCUCCACUACCCAUACCUUACCCUUUUCAUGCUUUUGGACAUGAGCACCAUAACCAUUUAUGGUCUUGCUACACAAGGAACCAUACCCUCUGAGGCCUUGCUGUCCAUUGGUCACUAUCAAAGAACAUGCCCAGAUGCUGAAGGCAUCAUCUCACAAAAGGUUGCUGCUUGGGUUAAGAAGGACCCCUCAUUGGCCCCUGCCAUCAUUCGCCUUCACUUCCAUGACUGUGCUGUUAGAGGAUGUGAUGGAUCAAUUCUGCUUGACCAUCCAGGGAGUGAGAGGAGAGCCUUAGAGAGCAGAACUCUGAGGGGGUUCCAAUUGAUUGAUGAAAUCAAGGUUGAGUUAGAAAGGAGGUGUCCAAGAACAGUCUCUUGUGCUGACAUUCUCACUGCUGCUGCAAGAGAUGCCACUCUUUUGGCUGGAGGACCAUUCUGGGAAGUCCCAUUUGGUAGAAAAGAUGGCAAAAUUUCCUUAGCCAGUGAGGCCAAUUUGGUCCCCCAGGGCCAUGAAAACAUCACAGCCCUUAUUGCAUUCUUUCAAGAAAGAGGGUUGGACAUGCUUGAUUUGGUCACUCUCUCAGGUUCACACACAAUUGGGAGGAGCACUUGCUCCUCUUUUGUGGACAGGAUUCACAACUUCAAUGGGACUGGAAAGCCUGACCCCUCACUCAAUGUCUAUUUCUUGAAGCUGUUGAGGAAGAGGUGCCAAAGGGUAUUGGAUUUGGUGCACCUUGAUGUUAUAACCCCAAGGACUUUUGACACAACCUAUUACACUAACCUUAUGAGGAAGGUGGGGUUGUUGUCAACAGAUCAGUUACUUUUUUCAGAUGCAAGGACUGCUCCUUUUGUUGAAGCAUUUGCAACACAGCCUUUCCUUUUCACUAGCCAGUUUUCAGUGUCAAUGGUCAAGCUUGGGAAUGUUCAAGUUCUGACUAGGCCUAAUGAAGGUGAAAUCAGAGUUGAUUGCAAUUAUGUCAAUAGAAUCUAAUAUGUGGUUAAUUUUGUUGUUCCAAUUUUACAUUUGGGAUCUCAAUAAAUCGUAUAGCCAGGAUUUGUGUCUUUUGCAUAUGAUGAACAUUGGUGAGUGUCUCUGCUGCUGUGUACACUAAAUAUAUUGAUAAAUCAAAUACAAUUACAAACUUAC